AUGGCAUUUAUAGAGACAAAUAAUUUCGACAGCCAAAUUCCUGCCGAGCUGCUCAUUGCUCGCAUUACGCAAAUCCAUGGUGCCAUAUCCAAGCUUGACUCAUUAAGACCUUCCAAGCAAGUGAAUGGCCUCUUCUCUCACCUUGUCAAAUUAUGUAUCCUCCCUUCUUCUAUAAACAUCAUGCCAGAAGAGGCCUAAGAAAUGCGCAAAAGCCUCAUUGUUCUCUGCGGUCGAGCUGAAGGUCUGUUGGAGAUUGAAUUCGCAACAUUCUUGAUCAAAAUCCCUCAACCUUUAGCCAACGUUAACCUUUUUCCUUACUAUGGCAACUAUGUCAAGCUUGCUAACUUGGAAUAUAGCAUUCUAAGGGAAAAUGGAAUCAUUCAACCUAAGAAGGUGGCCUUUGUAGGAUCAGGUCCAAUGCCUUUGACCUCAACUGUACUGGCUACCCAUCACUUGAGAUCCACUCACUUCGACAAUUUUGAUAUCGACGAGGCUGCUAAUGAUGUGGCUCGCAAGAUUAUGGAUUCUGAUAGUGAUCUAGAGAAGAGAAUGAAGUUUGAAACAUGUGAUGUAGUGGAAGUGAAAGAGAAGCUAAGAGAAUAUGACUGCAUAUUCUUGGUAGCUUUGGUUGGGAUGAGCAAAGAAGAGAAAGUGAAGAUUCUUGGACAUGUAAGGAAGCAUAUGAAGGAAGGAGGGAUUUUGCUGGUGACAAGUGCAAAUGGUGCAAGAGCUUUUCUUUACCUAGACUUGGUUGGUUUUGAUGUUCUCUCCAUUUUCCACCCUACUAACGAUGUGAUCAACUCAGUUGUUCUUGCAAGGAAGCCGAGCUUCUGAGGUUCUUGAUUUCUUUUGCAGAAAUUGUGCGUUAUUUUUUCCUUUUUCUCUUAAUAUUCCUCCCUGGUAGUUUAUGUGGCAAACUAUAUGUUGUUUUUCAUAUUUUUUUAACGAUUAUUACUCAUGUGCUUUUUACCCUUUGAUAAUAGAUAAUACUUUUAUAUAUUCGUCAUUCAAAUUGUUUUAGAUUCUUUUUUAAUUUAAUUUAUAUGGAUCUCACUUAAUUAAAUAUUUAAUUAUGAAUUAAGAAAUAGUGAA